AUGGCGUCGAAUUCUCGCUUAUUCUCCGUCAAGAUCAUCACUCUCUGCUUCUUCACCAUCCUCCCCAUAUUCUUCCUCCUCUCCACCGUCAUCGCCGUACCAGACCAAGAACUUGAAUCGAUGCUGGCGGUGUUGAGAACCAGAGGCUACAACCUCUUCUGCAACGCACUCACUACCUCCGAUCUCUACUUCGAUCUCCUCGCCGGAACUUCCUUCACCGUCUUCGUCCCCACCGACUCUUCUCUCUUCGCUCUCGACAUGACUUCUUCGGCCUCUGUUUACAUCAUCGCCCUCCGCUACCACAUCGUUCCUCUCCGGUUAUCCCUCGCGGAUCUCCGGAAUCUCACCUCCGGUUCCAUUUUGCCCACGCUAUUGCCGAUUCACGAUAUUCAAGUUCAGAGGAGGCCCGAAUCGGAAAACUUUACCGCCAAUGGCGUUGAUGUUGUGCCUGGUCUGUUCUUCGGCCGAAACAUCGCGGUUCAUGGAUUGGGAGGUAUUCUCAGUUUCAGAACUCAGAUCGGUCUAGGUCAUGGAUCUUCGCUUCCGCCACCGGCAAAUUUGUACAAUAAUCAAAGUUCCAGACCACCGGUGGUCGAACAACGUCACGAUCCGCCGAGUGAGGUUUUGUAUCCGGUGCCAGAACCGGCUAGUUUUGAUCCAUUUUCACCGGCAGAUUCGCCGGAAAUAGGAGAUUUUGAGUUCGAUAUUUGGCCGGCGAGUUCAACUGUUCCAGCUAUCGCACCGAGCAGAGAACAAGCAACAGUGUCAGUGCCAAAGGAUGAUGAUACUCCCACGUACGCUCCUUCGCCGUCGAUCGAUGAAACAGAAGAAGAUAGCGGUGAAGAUUGGAGGCUGAUGCUGAAGUCCACGGCGGCGAUUCCGUGGGCUUUCGAUACAGUCGCUCGACUGCGAAGGAAAGAGAGUGAAACCUUAAUUUGGGCCACUGUUCAGAGUCCCACGGCUAGCAGUUUGUCUCAGGUCAUAAACACGUGA